AUGUCCAGCGUUCCUGGUGCCCCCACGUCCCAACCCCAAACUGUUACGAAGAUGUCCAGCGUUCCUUGUGCCCCCACGUCCCAACCCAAACCCAAACUUUUACGAAGGUGUUCUGUAUUCCUGGUGCCACCGCGUCCCAACCCAAAACUGUUACGAAGAUGUCCAGUGUUCCUGGUGCCCCCACGUCCCAACCCCAAACUGUUACCUAGAUGUCUAGAUGUCAGCAUUCCUGGUAGAUGUCCCCACGUCCCAACCCCAAACUGUUACGUAGAUGUCCAGUAUUCCUGGUGCCCCCACGUCCCAACCCCAAACUGUUACGAAGAUGUCCAGUAUUCCUGGUGCCCCCACGUCCCAACCCCAAACUGUUACGAAGAUGUCCAGUGUUCCUGGUGCCCCCACGUCCCAACCCCAAACUGUUACGAAGAUGUCCAGUGUUCCUGGUGCCCCCACGUCCCAACCCCAAACUGUUACGAAGAUGUCCAGUGUUCCUGGUGCCCCCACGUCCUACCCCAAACUGUUACGAAGAUGUCCAGUGUUCCUGGUGCCCUCACGUCCCACCCCCAAACUGUAAGGAAGAUGUCCAGUGUUCCUUGUGCCCCCACGUCCCAACCCCAAACUGUUACGAAGAUGUCCAGUAUUCCUGGUGCCCCCACGUCCCAACCCCAAACUGUUACGAAGAUGUCCAGUGUUCCUGGUGCCCCACGUCCCAACCCCAAACUGUUACGAAGAUGUCCAGCAUUCCUGGUCCCAACCCCCCCACGUCCCAACCCCAAACUGUUACGAAGAUGUCCAGCAUUCCUGGUGCCCCCACGUCCCAAACCCCAAACUGUUACGAAGAUGUCCAGCAUUCCUGGUGCCCCCACGUCCCAACCCCAAACUGUUACGAAGAUGUCCAGUAUUCCUGGUGCCCCCACGUCCCAACCCCAAACUGUUACGAAGAUGUCCAGUGUUCCUGGUGCCCCCACGUCCCAACCCCAAACUGUUACGAAGAUGUCCAGUGUUCCUGGUGCCCCCACGUCCCAACCCCAAACUGUUACGAAGAUGUCCAGCGUUCCUUGUGCCCCCACGUCCCCUACCCCAAGAUUCAUUUCGGAUGUGAUUUUGUGA